AUGUCUUCUACUUCUAACACAAAGCUUGGACCUGAACAACUAAGGCCUUAUUAUGACCAUGAUAGCUUUGAUGCCGGUUACUCUGUCAUUUUCAAAAAAGGUGUGGGGUUGAUCGACCCAAAGACAGGCAAACCAAUAACAGCAAACUUAUCAUCAAACAUUAUUGAAAAGCAAGUUAAUGAAAACGGGUUCGGUUCAUCACCCGGUCUAAUACGAAGAGCUUUUGAUAGACAAGGUGGUGUAGGAAUCCAUUCAAACAAAGUUGCAGGUGACAAAAAUUUCAUUUCUGAUUUGGAGUUUAGUGAAUAUUUUGAAGUCAAUAAUAUGCUUGAGUUGUUGAAGAAUUUAUUUUGGACAUUGUUUAAAGACUACGUCAAAGUCUUGCUUGCCCAACCAUUGGAAAUAACUCGGUUGGUUCUACAAGUUGGUAAGUUCAACUUUAGUAGUAAAAAGAAGGAGGAGAAACUGAAGAGAUUAUUGGAUCUGACGCAUUCGUUGUCUUCAUCCAAUGCAUCUUUGAAAAGUGGAAGUGCCGAUCUCGAACUGUCGGGUCACCAACUUGGAUUUGUUGAUGAAGAAGAGCCGAUUGAUUAUUUCCAACCUCAAAGUGAUCAGCAAGUGUGGGCCAAUCCAAACACGAUAUAUGAGCCAGCAACUCCUGCCCCAGCACCAGUCACCGACAAGUUUGUACCACCACAACUCAAACGAUUGAGUACCAGAAAGAGGCUUAGGGUGUACAAGAUACAGCCAAAGUCAUUACACACGAUGGAGAUCAUGUCGGCGAUUGCAAACAAGGAUUCCUUUUUGGCAUUGUUUAGAGGAGUCAAUGCGUCCUACCUUUAUCAAGUUUUGUCACACAUGAUUGAAGCUUACAUCACUGGAUUUGUUUCACCAUUUUUGGGCAUCCCCGAUCCAUUCUUUCUUGAUUUGACCCACUCUAAUGAUCCAUUCAAAUCGUUAUGGUUGUCGGUAUCGGCAUGUGUUCUUACUGGGUUGGUGAUGAUUCCAUUGGACUUGAUAAGGAUCAAAUUUAUGAUUACCCAACCAACUUCACUCGCCUUGACUAAUGAUACUUCAGGCAAUGAGGAUAUUAUAGAGAAAACUGCUGAAGAAGUGGUUCAAAACACCAGAUCUUUCAGAGAGUCGAUUAGAAAUUUUCCUACUUAUUACUUGAAGCAUCCACCCACACCAAUCAUAUUCUUUACUACCAUGUACCAAUUGUCAACCACUGUGUUUAGAAAAAUGGCUCCAUAUUUGUUAUACAUCAAAUUCAACAUCGAUGCCUAUUCAUCCCCUACAAUAUACACUUUUGUCAAUUUGCUUUCCCUGAUUGGUGAGUUUUUUGUCAAGUUGCCGGUGGAGAAUUUAUUGCGAAAGGAGCAAGUUCGGUUUUUGUUGGCGCCAAAACUGCAUGAUAAGAAGAAAGUGAUUACUAUUGUGAAGCCAGAAGAGAAUAUGAUUGUUGAGUUUAAUGGAGCUCCUUCUGAUGAAGAUGAACUUACUAAUUGGCAAAAGGUCAAACAAUUGGGAUUGUUUAAUGGUUGGAGAGUAGGAUUGUUGAAUGUGGUUGGAUUUUGGGGAUACAAUAUUUUCAAAAACAGUGGCAAUGCGUUGAAGGAGGAAAGGUUAUAA